GAAAAAGAAAAAGGAAAAUGGGAAAUCAAGAAAAUGAAGAAACAAUCCUCCACCACCAGCAGCGGCGGCGCGUGGAAGUCCAAGCACCACCGACAAAACCCUUUACAGAAUCACUAAAAUCAUCCCUGAAAGAAACCUUCUUCCCCGACGAUCCAUUCAGACAAUUCAAGAACCAGCCACUCUCAAGAAAAUUCCUGCUAGGGUUUCAGUACUUCAUCCCCAUACUCGAGUGGGCCCCACGCUACACCUUCGAUUUCUUCAAAGCCGACUUCGUCUCCGGCAUCACCAUCGCCAGCCUGGCAGUUCCUCAGGGCAUCAGCUACGCCGGCUUAGCCAGCUUGCCUCCUGUCAUCGGCCUCUAUUCGAGCUUUGUGCCGCCAUUGAUAUACGCAAUGCUCGGAACUUCGAGAGAUUUGGCAAUCGGAACGGUGGCGGUUCCAUCGCUUCUGAUUUCGUCGAUGCUGGCAAAAGAAGUUGAUCCUCGUACCAACACGAAGCUCUAUGUGGAGUUGGUUCUUACUGCAACUUUCUUUGCUGGUGUUUUUCAAGCUUCUUUAGGCUUGUUGAGGCUUGGAUUCAUAGUUGACUUUCUAUCACAUGCAACAAUAGUGGGGUUCAUGAGUGGAGCUGCAACAGUUGUUUGCUUGCAGCAGUUGAAGGGAAUUCUUGGACUCCUCCACUUCACUCACAAUGCUGACCUCAUCUCUGUUGUCAGAUCUGUAUUUAGCCAAUUCCACCUGUGGAGAUGGGAGAGUGGAGUGUUGGGCUGCUGUUUUCUCUUGUUUCUGUUCAUCACUAGAUACUUUAGCAGGAAAAGAGCAGUGUUCUUCUGGAUUAAUGCUUUGGCACCUCUCACAUCUGUUAUCUUCGGAAGUCUUCUGGUUUAUUUCACCCAUGCAGAUAAUCAUGGUGUUGAGAUUAUUGGAUACCUAAAGAAAGGGCUUAAUCCACAAUCGAUUACGGAAUUGGAGUCCGUGUUUAAAUCGACCUAUCUCUUGAUGGCAAUCAAAACCGGAAUCAUCACCGGUAUCAUCGCCCUCGCUGAAGGAAUAGCCGUGGGAAGAAGCUUCGCCACGUACAAGAGCUACCACAUAGACGGAAACAAAGAGAUGAUUGCAAUCGGAAUGAUGAACAUUGCUGGAUCAUGCACCUCUUGCUACUUAACCACGGGGCCGUUUUCGAGGACAGCUGUCAAUUUCAACGCGGGGUGUAAAACUGCGGUCUCGAACAUUGUGAUGGCAACUGCGGUUAUGAUAACUCUACUAUUUCUUACACCGUUGUUCCACUACACGCCCCUGGUUGUGCUCUCUGCUAUAAUAAUGGCAGCUAUGAUCAGUAUUAUAGACUACGAAGCUGCUAUUCACCUAUGGAAAGUCGACAAGUUCGACUUCAUAGUGUGCAUAAGUGCUUACUUGGGAGUCGUCUUUCAAAGUGUCGAAGCCGGACUAAUGAUUGCGGUGGGAAUGUCGCUGCUUCGAAUACUUCUAUUUGUAGCUAGGCCAAAGACUUAUGUCAUGGGUAGUGUUUCUAAUUCGAUGACUUAUAGAAGUAUCGAGCAAUAUCCCGACGCGAAUUCUGUGCCCGGAAUUUUAAUCCUACAAGUCAAUGCUCCGAUCUAUUUUGCCAAUGCCAGUUACUUGAGAGAAAGGAUCUCGAGAUGGAUAGAUGAAGAGGAGGAGAAGCUAAAAAAAUCGGCGAAAUACGAACUGCAAUACGUCAUAUUAGAUAUGAGUGGUGUAGGGAAUAUCGAUACGAGUGGAAUCAGUAUGCUUGAAGAAGUCCAGAAGAAUGCAGACAGAAGAUGCAUUAAGCUUCUAUUGGCUAAUCCUGGAGGAGAAGUAAUGAAGAAGUUAAACAAGUCGAAGUUUGUCGACAAAAUCGGGCACGAGUGGAUCUACUUAACAGUUGGCGAAGCAGUAAAUGCAUGCAAUUUUAUGCUCCAAUCAUGCAAGCCGAAUACUAAGGCAGUAGUCGAAAGUGAGGCAGCAGAUAAUCAAGUUUAAUAUCACACAUUACAAGGGAUUUUGGCUUUCUAAAACAAGAAAACGAAAAGCCGAUUCCUAAAUUCCGAAAAAUUUCUGAAAAAUAAGAACAUUCGGAGCUUUUUUUUUUCAGAAGCAAUUUUUAUUUAAUUCCAAAUUACAAUUGUUUGCUUAUUUUAUGUUAUUCCAGUCUUAGUUGAAAGCACAUGCGGGUUAUGAGCCAAAUCUCGACAAACUGAUUAGUGACAUCAUACUUCUAAUAGAAGAA